UGACAAUUGUCUAUCAAUUCUAUCAAUUCCAUCAACCCAUUCCUCCGAACCAUCUCCGCCAAGAACAGUCACAAAAUGGAAGACCCAGCAUCUGAAAUCACACCUAUAAUCCACCACCUCACGCAAGCUCCCCCAGAUGACCAACAACGAACCAUUCAGAAAUACUUCACUCCCAGCGCAGCCUUCAUCCACCCCUUCUGUCGCGUCUGGCCCUAUCCCGGGAGUCGCUGGUUCAUCGAGAGGAUCUACCAAUGGUACAAGAUCAUGUCGCCGCGAAUUGAGCUGGAGGUGCAUUCCGUAGCGUACGACAAACCCAACCAAAAGCUCUACCUCCAAAUGUCCCAGCUUUUCUCCAUCUGGGCCAUUCCUUUCCAUCACGCCCAUGUACAUCUAACCACAGUCUUGGAUCUCACUACGGACAGCGAAGAUAACCGCACGCCACGGACAGGGUCCGGCAAACGGUACUACAUCAAGCAGCAGGAGGACUUUUACCAGACGUCGGAGUUUAUCAAGUUUGUGGCGCCGUGGGGAGGGGGCUUGCUGGUUACUAUAUGGCAGUUGCUGGCGACGGUGUUUUGUGUGUUUGGGGUGGUGCUGUUCUGGCCGGUGUUGUGGUUGGAGGAGAGGCGGUUGGUAGGUAAUGGGAAGAAAUGAGAUGAUAUAUGUGUGAGGUGGUCGGUAGGGUUGUAUGGAAUGGUGGUGUAUAUACCCGGAUAUAUGAGGAUAUGUGACAUACAAGUAAUUAAUAUUGGCUUUCACGGGAUUUUCUUUUCACAAGGGAGACGCUUCAGGAGGCAAUUAUAUUACUGCUAUCAUUGAAGUCAUACAUCUUCGUGCGUCUAUAUCCCCUGUGGAAGGUUUUUAGAGCUAGAUAACCAGGGCUCCAUUCAACGG